AUGGCUGCCACUCCCAUUACUAAGAAUGGACUCUUUGUCCACAAUAAUACCCUGGCUCCUGAGCACCCUAGUCUCAUGAGCAUGUUCUCCCUCAAGGGCAAGACCGCCAUUGUCACUGGUGCUGGUGCUGGUAUCGGGUUGGCUGUCGCUCAGGGUCUAGCAGAGGCCGGUGCAAAUGUGGCUCUGUGGUAUAAGAGCAACACAAAGUGCCCUGAGCGUGCUUCCGAGAUUGCCCAGCAGUAUGGUGUUCAGACCAAGGCGUACCAAGUCGAGGUCACGGAUGCGAAGGCCGUCGAGAAAACAAUCAAUGAGGUCGUCAAGGACUUCAAUGGCCGCCUUGAUGUCUUUAUCGCUAAUGCCGGCGUUCCUUGGACCCAAGGUCCGAUGGUCGACGGUCCCCUCGAGCACUACCGGGAUGUAGUCGCCAUCGAUCUGGACGGUACAUUCUACUGUGCCAAAUACGCAGCGGACCACUGGCGCCGUCAGAAGGAAGAGGGCACUGAUGCCAAUGGCAACAAGCUCACCAAUUUCACCUACGGUAGCUUCGUCGCCACAGCCUCCAUGUCCGGUCACAUUGUCAACUUUCCUCAGAUGCAAGCCGCCUACAACGCGGCCAAAACUGGUGUCAUUCACCUUUGCAAGUCUCUCUCGGUUGAGUGGGUACGCUUCGCUCGUGCCAACACCAUUUCCCCGGGCUAUAUCGCCACCGAGAUUUCGAGCUUCGUACCUGAAGACACCAAGAACAUUUGGCGUGACAAGAUUCCCAUGGGCCGUGAAGGUCAGGCCCAUGAGCUGAAGGGUGCAUACCUCUACCUGGCCUCCGAUGCCUCGACAUACACCACUGGUGCCGAUCUGAUUGUCGACGGUGGCUACUGUGCGCCAUGA